AUGCGCGGAGUUCAUUCAGUCGUUACUCAGGCUAGCCUUGCGCUGUUGCAGCUCUCGUCUCUACUACUGCCUCUCGUUACCGCGCAGGACUCUGUCAGUUAUGACUUCGAUAGCUAUGGAGCUGAAGAUCCAAGUGGCACGCCGUACCAGACUUACAGAUCCAACGUGGACGUGAAGCCACCGCAGAUGCAGAUCAAUCGCAACGGCACCGCAUUGAUGAGUGGACAUGUGUUUCUAGGGAUCAACGGUCUACCUACAAGUGGGCAGAAUUGGCCAGCGAUAUUCGAGUUCUCGGACGACCGCAUGGGCUCGCUUGUGUGGACCGGGAAUUACAGCGAACCCUUCGAUUUCAAGACGCAAACGUACAAGGGCGAGCCUGUACUCACACUCUGGUCGGGCGAGCUACUGAACGGCUACGGACGCGGCUCGUACCAUAUCCUCAACCAGAGCUAUGAUGAGAUUGCGCACUUCCAAGUCAGCCGAUUCGGAGACGAAAUGGGCGAUAUCCACGAGUUCCUCAUCACCGCCGAUGACACUGCGAUCGUCUUGAUCUAUCAUGGUAUUCCAUGGGAUCUGACAGCGUCUGGGGGUGUUGAGAACGGUUGGCUGUUCGAGAACACAUUCCAGGAAAUCAACAUCGAGACUGGGGACAUUGUCUUUGAGUGGAAUGCCAGUACGCAUGUUGGCAUCAACGAGUCGUACAACUCUCUACCAUCCGACGUUGGACAGUCCGAAGAAGCGCCGUGGGAUUACUUCCACAUCAACUCGGUUGAAAAGGACAAGAACGGCGACUACCUAGUCUCAGCGCGUGUCAUGGACUGUAUCUACAAGAUCUCUGGACAAGAUGGAAGCAUCAUCUGGCGUCUUCAAGGUCGUCAGUCGGACUUCGAUGUUGACCCAGCGGUCACCUUCGCGUUCCAGCACGAUGCUCGCUGGGUGGACGAAGAUCAAACGCGCAUGACGCUCUUCGACAACGGACCCACCGAAACGAUCGGCUACUCGCGAGGUCUUCUGCUCGACGUUAACCAGGAUGAGAAGACUGUCAAGCUGAUCACCGAGUUCACCAAUCUAGGCAAGACCUUUGGUACAUUCGAAGGCAGCUUACAGGCCAUCGAUCCCUCCAACGAAACAACAAACUUUAUGCUUGGAUUCGGAAGCCAGCCCUACUUCACCGAGCUCGAUCACGAAGGCAAUGUCUUGCUCGAUGUACAAUUCGGCAAGAGCAACGUUGUGAACGCAUACCGCGCGUACCGCCAGCAAUGGGAGGGUAAGCCAUCAACCAAGCCGGAUGUGCACUGGGACCAAGACGACAACACGGCGUUCUUUUCUUGGAACGGUGCCACCGAGGUUGAGAGUUGGGUUGUAUGCACAGCCAAUGCUAGCGAUUCACGUACCUGGACCAAUGUCACUGUGGCAAGGAGGACAGGGUUCGAAACGACGAUCAAUCUCCAGGAUGUGGAGUUGGAGGGCUUUGUACGUGGAAAGGCUGUUAGCGGUGACGGUACCGCGCUGGGCUGGACGAUGGCGAGUGACGGAAAUGAACUCUUUGAUGCGCCGGAUGAUGUUGAGGAGACUGGCUCUGCGAGGACUCCUACGCCUACUGCUUCUCCUUCGAGCUCAGCAUCUAACACGGAAGCUGCCCCUGCGAGCACGUCGAGCGGUGCUGCGGCAAGAGCGACACAUGGGGUUAUGGAGCAGGUGUACGUUGCUGCUGUAGUGGUUGUCGGUGGGUUGGCGCUUGCAUGA